AAACCGAAAGAUCUAGUACAAACUACGCUUCCCAUCACUAGAGCUGUAGUAAACACCAUUACCCAGAGAUCAGGAGCACUGCCUCGGCAAGAUGGCGGCGAAUCCGAGUGCAAACGCCCCCCGUUUUGACUGUCCGUCAUGGGCAGGAAAACCACCGCCUGGACUCCAUUUGGAUGUAGUUAAAGGAGACAAGUUGAUAGAGAAACUAAUCAUUGAUGAGAAAAAGUUCUACUUGUUUGGAAGGAACCCAGACCACUGUGACUUCACGAUAGACCAUCAGUCAUGCUCACGUGUGCAUGCAGCACUCGUCUAUCACCGUCACCUCAAGAGGGUCUUCCUCAUCGACCUCAACAGCACCCAUGGCACUUUUUUGGGUAGAAUUCGUCUGGAGCCCCAUAAACCUCAGCAGGUGCCCAUCGACUCCACUAUGUCGUUUGGGGCAUCCACGCGAGUAUACACACUGAGAGAGAAGCCGCAAACGCAGCCCAGCACUGCAGCAGGUGACAGUGGUGUGGAGGACGAAGAGCUGAAAGGACUGCUCGGCUUACCGGAAGAAGAGACCGAGCUAGAUAACCUGACUGAGUUCAACACAGCGCACAACAAGCGCAUCUCUACUCUCACCAUCGAGGAGGGAAACCUGGACAUCCAGAGACCCAAGAGGAAGAGGAGAAGCUCUCGAGUGUCCUUCAGCGAGGAAGAGGAGAUCAUUAACCCUGAGGAUAUUGACCCAUCGGUUGGCCGUUUCAGAAACAUGGUACAGACCGCAGUCGUACCCUUAAAGAAGAAGAAAUCUGAGGGACAUGGCACCCUUGCUGUGGAGGACAGCGUGGUACGUCGUUUCCAGAACUUCCCACUCAGCUCAGGCCUUUACGGGGACCUGCCCCCUGCCAGUCAUGAGGCGAGCACCCAGGACAGCGAGCACCAAGCAGGCUCGGCCAUCUUGAGCGGCCUCCCUUUGCCCUUCCCCAACCCAGCUCCAGAGGUGGAUGUCUUAACCGCCACAGCACGGCCGGCAGCCAUGUUGAACCCAAGCCCCGCCCCUGGACCAUACACAGCCGAAUCUAUGAACGAGCCACGCAAGAAGAAGUACGCCAAGGAGGCGUGGCCUGGAAAGAAACCCACACCUUCACUACUCAUCUAAUGCGUAUUAUUGAAUGGCGUGAUAACGUGUGCUUGACUUUUAUGCGCGAAACGUUAAACAUAAAACUUCUAAAGUCCCAAAACGGCAUUUUCAGAAAUCUCCGUCAUGUCGCAGUAUCAGAAAAAGCUCCUAAUUUGUCAUAACUCAUAGCUAAGGUGAUAUCAGAGGAACAGUGUUUACCAGAGACUUACAUAAACAACUCUUAUUUGUUAUUGUAGGUUAUUUCCUGAGGUGUUUUCCUACUGUUGUGGACAUGCCACCACAUAUUUUCUGUUAGUUACACAAUGCAGAUCAUAGCACACCAUUACAAUAGCAGAUGACUGUAAGGCUAGAAUCAGUAGAUUCAUUCUUAAUGUUCAGUCACUAAGCAUGGUAUACUAACUACUUACAUGAGUUGUAACCUUUUAACUUCAUGAAUGUAAAUGUCAACACUAUAGUUUCCGUAAUGCAAGAACAGGACACGUAUUUCUCAUUCGUUUGUUAAACGGCUACGGUAUCGGAGCGUGCAGAAGUGAGUUUGUUUUGUGUGUUUUAUAUUUUUAUAUCUGAGGAUAUGUUAUAAAAUGAUGCGUGAAAAGUGCAGAGAAAAUGAUUGUAGGAAUUCCUAACUUUGCUUAUUUAUCUAAUAAACAGGAUUCCUUUCUAUAAAGCCGGAUGUGUAGGUUGAAAUGGAGUUGGUUCCUGGAAGUUGAGCUGGACGUUUAUUCCCUUGAGGCAUCUCGCGCCUCUAAUGGGUUUCUCUCUGUGCCAUUUUGAAAAUGGACUAGUUAUAAUUUAUCCUGAGGUAAUGAGGCAAAUGAAAGUGUCCCGGGCUUUAAGAAUUCCCUGUGGACAUCAUAUUGUCACUGAGUAGGAGUUUUCCUUCUGGUUUAUAU